GACAACGAGAGAGAGAGAGAGAGAGAGAGAGAGAUGGAGGAGGACAGGGAGGCUGCAGACAUCUUUGUUAUCAACAAUGGAGCAUGAAGCUCUGGUAAGGCAAUAGGCAGAUAUUGGGUAGGGGACAGACAUUGAGGAAAGGGGGUCUCGUGUGACCACAGGGGGGAGGGAGGAGGAGAAGGAGGAAGUGGAGGAGAAGGAUGGGCCUCGAACACAGACCUGCAGUGGCACAGCCAAUCCUGGAUUAAACAGUAUGCUGGAUAAAAGUGAAGUGACAACAUUGGGCCUGCCCCCCUCAGCCAGCCAUGGCGGUUCUGACGGUAACAUCAGCUUGGAUGGGACCGGGGUGGGUGCGGGGGCGGGGGCCGGGGCUGUGGCUGGGUUGGGGGCUGUGGCUGGAGGGGCUGAAGGGGUCACCGAGCCUCAGCGAACGCGGGUCGCUCUGGAGCACCUGCAGCAGAAGAUCCUGAAGAUCACUGAGCAGAUUCGGAUAGAACAGGAGGCACGAGAUGACAAUGUAGCCGAGUACUUGAAGCUGGCCCACAACGCAGACAAGCAGCAGGCCUCGCGCAUCAAACAGGUGUUUGAGAAGAAGAACCAGAAGUCUGCACAGACCAUCACCCACCUGCACAAGAAGCUAGAGCAUUACCACAAGAAAUUGAAGGAGAUAGAGCAGAAUGGUCCUGCCCGUCAGCCUAAGGAUGUGCUGCGGGACAUGCAGCAGGGGCUGAAGGACAUGGGGGCCAAUGUACGAGCCGGGUUCCAUGGCUUUGGCGGGGGUAUGGUGGAUGGGGUCAAAGGAGGGGUGGAAGGGGUCAAAGGAGCUGUGGUGUCUAAGCCACGGGAGUUUGCCAGCUUGAUCCGCAACAAAUUUGGCAGUGCAGACAACAUCUCCCACCUCAUAGAGGACGGGGUGGGAGGGCACUCGGAGGACGCGCCCGCUCAACGAGCCCUGAGUGGCAGUGCCACCCUGGUCUCCAGCCCCAAGUACGGCAGCGACGACGAGUGCUCCAGUGCCACCUCUGGCUCAGCAGCAGGCAGUCACUCAGGCGGGGCCGGGGUAGGAGGUGGGAUGUCGGGGCAGGGGCAGGCUGGUCUGGGGAGCCCCAGACUGGAUGGGCACCACCACCACCACCAUCACAUUCACAGCUCCUGGGACGCCUUGCUGGAAGGCCUGCAGGAGAUCAAGGCCAGCCAGGCCCACAUGGAGGACGCCAUCGAGGACAUGAAGAGUCAGCUGCAGAGUGACUACUCCUACAUGAACCAGUGCCUGCAGGAGGAGAGAUACAGGUAUGAGAGACUGGAAGAGCAGCUGAAUGACUUGACAGAGCUGCACCAAAACGAGAUGACUAAUCUGAAACAGGAGCUGGCCAGCAUGGAGGAGAAAGUGGCCUACCAGUCCUAUGAGAGAGCCAGAGACAUACAGGAAGCGGUGGAGUCGUGCCUGACCCGCAUCACUAAGUUGGAGCUACAGCAGCAGCAGCAGCAGGUGGUGCAGUUGGAGGGUGUGGAGAACGCCAACGCCCGCGCCCUGCUGGGCAAACUCAUCAACAUCAUCCUGGCACUCAUGGCCGUAGUGCUGGUCUUUGUCUCCACCCUGGCAAACUUUAUCACCCCACUCAUGAAGACCCGAGCGCGGGUGGCCACCACCAUCAUGCUGGCCCUGUUUCUGUUCAUCCUUUGGAAGCACUGGGACUUCCUGGAGCUGUGGCUACUGCCCAGCUGAGCUCCUUACAGCCAAUCACCCACGCCCUUGUGUCUGAGUGACCAGGAUGUGGACAGAGGGACCAGAGUGAUACACUGAGCUGCCCUAGACACACUAACAGUCUGAAAUUGUGAAUACAAAACUCCGAUAUUUCUGAAUGAGAACCAGCGCACUUUUUUCAUAGGGUUUAUGCUUGGAGAGCCAUACUUAGGAGGGUUGAAAGGUCAAAAAAUUUCUUUACAAAGCAACCGACGAAGACUCCCUUUGGAUGGGGG